UCUCCAAUCUUGAAAGUCAUUUUAAUACACCUUAUCAAAUUCAGGCGGCUUCGGCAAACAGCAGCAAACAAUUGCGAUAGGCAUUCUUACACUCUUUAUCUUCCUCAAAUCAAACAUCCUGUUGUUGGUGAUAAUUGGAGAAGUUAAGGGAACAUUGCAUUGCUUAAUUGUGCUUCGCUGAAGACCGUACGCUUUAUUCUAGUCAACAAUAAAUAUUGGAGCGGCAGUGGAAAGUGUAAAGGCAGUACAAGGAUCAAUUAAAUCCAUAUCUCCAUUCUGUCUCCGUAGAAGGAACUUCCGGAAAAGUGUAUGCACAAAUUGUUCACUUCCUUAGUAGUGCGUAGCUGUGUAGUUGUUCUUACUCCACGUUCUACACCGUUGCAAGUAGCUUCUGGGAGCGGUUUAUUUUCCAGUGUAUUUCGCCGAACGAAGUACGGUCGACUCGCUAUGCCUGAAGCAGCUGCUACGUCCGAAACGCACCGGUUUACCUACCCGGAGGCGCGCCGUGAUGAUACCGUUGUGGAAGAGUUUCAUGGUGUGAAGAUUGCCGAUCCUUACCGCUGGCUGGAGGAUCCAGAUGCGACCGAAACGCAAGCAUACGUGGAGAAGCAGAACGAAAUCUCGAAACCGUUCCUGGACACGUGUCCCGAGUGGAAGAAGCUGAAUGAAAAGUUACGGAAGCGCUGGAACUAUCCGAAGUACUCUUGUCCGUUCAAGCACGGCAAUAAGUACUUUUUCUUCAUGAACACGGGUUUGCAGAAUCAGGAUGUUUUGUACGUGCAAGAUAAGCUUGACGGUGAACCGAAAGUUUUUCUAGACCCGAACACACUUUCGACUGAUGGAACCAUCGCGCUGGUUGGAUCACGAUUUUCCGACGAUGGAAAACUGUACGCGUACGGCUUGAGUCAGAGUGGUUCCGAUUGGACUAAGCUCAAGAUCCGUAACGUUGAAACUGGUGAAGAUUUUCCUGAAACCAUCGAACAUACGAAGUUCGUUACUGCCUCCUGGACGAAGGACAAUAAAGGAUUCUUCUACGCACGUUAUCCAGUAGUGGACGGAAAGGCGGACGGUUCAGAAACGGCUGCGAAUGAAAAUCAAAAGCUGUACUACCACCGGGUCGGUGAGUCGCAAGAUAAGGACGUGUUGAUUGCGGAGUUCCCAGAGGAACCAUCUUGGAGAUUAAUGCCGGAAGUCUCCGAUUGUGGUAAAUAUUUGAUGCUGUUCAUUAUGAAGGGCUGCAAAGAUAUGCUGCUGUACUUUAGCAAUUUGGAAAAGGCCGGAACACUCGAUUCGAAGCUUGAUUUCGUGAAAGUGGUCACCGAGUUCGAUAGCGACUAUGAUUACGUUACCAACGAGGGUAACAUAUUCUCGUUCCGCACGAACAAGGGCGCACCGAACUAUCGGAUCGUGAACAUCGAUUUCGAUCAGCCCGAGAUGGAGCAUUGGAAAACGCUCGUAGCGGAGCAUCCGAAGAACGUGCUCGAUUGGACGACGUGCGUCAACAAGGAUCGGAUUGUGCUUGGGUACAUUGAUGAUGUGAAAUCGAUGCUGCUGGUGCACAGUCUGGCAGAUGGUAGCUUCGUGUCGAAGUUUCCGCUAGAAAUUGGUACCGUGGCUGGGUUCAGCGGGAAGAAGAAGUAUUCGGAGAUUUUCUACCAUUUCGUUUCGUUCCUAACACCGGGCAUUAUCUACCAUUACGAUUUCGAGGGCAAAAAGGAGGACGGAUCCGCGAUGGAACCGACCGUCUUCCGUGAGGUGAAGAUUGAAGACUUUGACAACAGCCAGUACGCGGUUGAACAAAUCUUCUAUCACAGCAAGGACGGCGAAAAAGUGCCAAUGUUUAUCGUGCAAAGGAAGCAGGAAAAGAAGGAACACAAACCGUGUCUGCUGUAUGGGUACGGUGGGUUUAACAUCUGUGUGCAGCCAUCCUUUAGCAUCACGGGACUGGUGUUUAUCGAUUCGUUUGAUGGUAUUUUGGCGUAUCCGAAUAUUCGGGGUGGUGGUGAAUAUGGCGAACGAUGGCAUAAUGCUGGCCGGUUAUUGAAGAAACAGAAUGUAUUUGAUGAUUUUCAGCAUGCCUCGCAGUAUCUGGUGGAGCAUGGUUACACCACCCAUGAUAAGAUCGCCAUACAGGGUGGUUCUAAUGGAGGGUUGCUUGUAGGGGCGUGCAUAAACCAGCGUCCGGAUCUGUUCGGGGCUGCCAUUGCGCAAGUAGGCGUGAUGGAUAUGCUUCGCUUCCAUAAAUUCACCAUCGGACGUGCCUGGGUGUCGGAUUACGGCGAUAUGAACGAGAAGGAACAUUUCGAAAAUUUGUUACGCUACUCGCCGCUGCACAAUGUGCGCACACCCAAAGCGGAUAAGGAGCAGUAUCCGGCCACACUAGUGCUGACGGCUGACCACGACGAUCGUGUCAGUCCGCUGCAUUCGCUCAAGUUCGUUGCCGCACUGCAUCAUGCCAUUAAAGAUAGUGAACACCAAAAAAAUCCACUAUUACUGCGCGUCUACAGCAAAGCUGGCCACGGUAUGGGCAAACCGACGGCCAAGAAGAUCGAGGAAGCGACCGAUAUCCUAACGUUCAUGUACAAGACGCUCGGGCUAAAGCUUUCGUUUUAAAGAUCGGUUUAACACACGGAACGCGAACAAACAGAUGAAUAUGAUAGUUUCUUUUUUUUUUACAUAAAUGCAUGCGGCAUUUGUUUGUGUUUUUUGAUGGUGUGAAGAAACAAAAUUCAAUUCACGAAAUAUUGUACACUUUUUUUUGUUGCUUAGAAUGCCUAGGUUUUCAUAACAAAGCUUGCGGUGUACGCGCGUACGCUUCGGCAAUUGUCAUCAAUAGCGAUUGAAUUGGUGGAGCAAAAUGAAAAUAAAACAUUGUUUAAAAUAAAAUCAAAAAAGCA